CGCGCCGGAUCUCCACCAAUACAGCGCGCUGCGCUGCGAUUGCCCCCGCCCAAUCUUGACUGACAAACCCCCGCGCCCAAUCGGAGGCUCGGGCCGAUUUCUCUCCUCACGCGGGGACUUCCGCAGCCGCGGUCGGGGUGGACUCCGGGGCGCGGCCAAUAGGCGUGCUCCCCCGGAACUGAGGCGGAGAAGGCGAGCGGGCGAGGUGGAGUGGGCGGUGCAGAGAGGAAGUGCUUGACGGACAGCCGCCGCUUCCAAUAGGAGGGCUGUGCGCAGACUGGCCAGCCUAUGGGGCCCGGCUGCUCAGAAGCGAGAGGCGGGCUUCUCAGAAGUAGGAAGUGCUCCUGUGUCUCUCUGGGGUCGUCCGGGCAAAGGGCUCGACGGCCUCUGGAAAAGGUAGCGCGGGCCGUGGACGUGCUCGUGGAGAGGGCGGGGCGGGCUCACGAGGCAGCGUGCGGGCUGCUCGCGGGUUGCCCAGAUCUGCCAAAGGCCCGCGGACCUCACUUAGGAAACAGCUCUGUGGGCGGAGCUAUGCGGUUCCGGGGUGCGGGCUCCGAAAAGCCCAGGAGCCCUGGUGUCGGGGGAAAUGCGCCCCAGCCUCGGCGUGCACCCUGGGCGGGCGAGGGGCAGCGCGACGCCCCCCCCGCCGCCCCCGCCGCCGCCGCCGCCCCCGCGCCCACGGAGGGCCCGCGCCAGCCCAGAAAGCGCCCGAGGCGACGUCACCGGGUGAACGAACCGACUCCGCCCACAUCGUGUGCCCGGCGAGAUGCGAGGCGCGAAAACACAGCUCUGCCCACGGGACUAAGCUUCUGGAGUCCAGUGAAUCCCGGGACGAAGCCAGACCCUGGACUCACGCAAAUACUUUUCCAUCCUCAUUACAGAGGCCCGAAGGAACUGAAGGGAUGCACAGCGCCUCUGAAACUGACAAUGCGUAAAGCACACGAGGAACCUGCCUGUGCCCAUCUGGACACGUUGUGAUGCGCCUCCUGCCCACGGGUUCUUGUCUCUCUAGACUUCCUGAAAGCUAGGAAAUUGAACUUGAAUAUAUGGGUGGACAUUGGAGUGGGAGGAACACAGCUGUGAGAAGAAACAAGGCAACUUGUCGUGUACUUGUGCUGUCACUUGUAUGCACUGUGCAGGAACAUCUGUGACCUCGAUUUCACUACUACCUGUCCCUCUUCUGUUCCUUGCUAAUUCUCUCUUUUCUCUGCCCCUCUCACUUUGUUCCAAGCUCUCUUCUCCGAUUGGUAUCACUGCUCCCCGCUCCUACUCACUGUUCCCUGCUGUGUUUCCUUGGUCCUCGCUCCCUCCCCUAGUUCUUUGCCUCUUCUUUCUCUACCUUGUCACUCUCCUUGCUUUGGAUCCCUUGAUCUUAUUAUCGCCCCCAAACUGGGUUGGGAACAGGACUAGGGAGAAGAGGAAUGAUGAUCUUAGCUACAUGUACCACAUUCUUCCAUGAGGAAAGGGUUGGGUGCUUUCCUAAAUACACAGUUUUGAAUGGAACACCCCUACCCUGCAUCCAUCAAGUGCGAAGAUUGAACAAGUUUAGCCUACCCUAUGUAACUAACCAAUGUAAAUGGAACAAAAAAAUUCAUAGCCUUCUCUAUUUCACCUGACAGACGUCUAGCCCCAUUUCCAAGUUUACUAUCCUCCAUAAGCCAACCAAUUUCUUCAAAUUUCUAAAUACCCAAACCUACUAAUUUAACCAAGCCCUUAAACACUCCUUAAGUCAUCGACCUCCAUAAAACAUCCAAUGUCUCCAAUCCCAAAACAUCCCCAAAUGCUGUCUUCACCCCAAGCCCCAUCUUUACCACACUCACCAGUGUUCCUAAAACUCUCACUCUUCAAAUGGAAGAGUUUGGAAAAUGUCCAAAGCACCUAAUCAUUCCACACACCCCAUGAUCCAUUAAUCUACCCACAUCCCUAAAGCUGCCAAUUUCCACAAAUCAGCAACCUUCCGAAAACGCUAGUCUUCAAUACCAAAUACACUAAAACCUCAACUUCCCCAAGGUCAACAACAUUUCAUGCCCAUCAACCUCCUCAAGCCCAACAAUGUCCGAUGUCCAUGCCCAUCAAUUGCCCCAACAAUGUCCCAUGCCCAUCAAACCCACCAUAUCCUUAUGCUAUUCAGCCUCUCCAAACCUGCAAACUUCCUAAACACACCAUACUGCCUGAAUAUACCCAUUUAUUCAAACACAUCAAACCCUUCAAACCUCUAUCCUCUCACAAGGCAUCAAUAUCUCCAAACCUUCCAAGCUCUUCAAGUCCUGCCUUUUCCAUGAGGUUCAAAUCCCUUUCUCAGCUCCCCCAAGCCACCAGUCACAUAACUUCCAAGUGUAUCAAGCCCUAAACCAAUCCACUGAAUUUCUCAAACCUCAAAUGGCUAAUUUCUUUAAGUCUCCAAAUACCCAUCCUUGUUUCCCUAAUCCCGUAUCCUCCAUAAAGCCCAAAUCUCUAAGCCCAUUGAAAUCCCACCAUCACUUUCAAUCUUCUCUCUUCCUCAGAUCAGCACAUCCAAACUUCCCUAAAAUAUGAACUGUCCAAUUUCUCAAAGCCACUGAUUUCUCCAAACAAGCAACUCUCCCCAGCACAGAAAACUGCCCGUAUAGCAGCCCCCACAAUCCUGCCAGAUUAUGGAUGUCAGCAGCCUUUCUAAACCAUGCCAUCUUCCCAACACCAUUAGGUGCUGUCAGUUUUGAGGUGCUCUAUUUGGACUAUCUCUUGCUCUGGGUGCUGGUGGGAGGGAGUGUAAACUUAAUAAAAUUCCUCAAUUCA